CCGGUGCUCAAAGAUUCUUGUGGCAAGUCUCUGAGUUAUUUUUCUGUCCACUGUCAUUUGUUCCUUCGGACCCGAGUUAAACUCGCGAGAGCUUAUUAAGGCGGCGUGGUGUGCCUGAGGCGGAGACUCGGCCUCGGACGCGGAGAAAGCGGAAAACCGACCAAAAUUUUGGGCUGAAUGCUGAGCGCUGGUCCAUCAUUUCUGUAAACUACCGACUUGGAGAGGUGCCAUGUUCCGUUACUUGACCUCUCGAUUUUCCUUGACUUUUGUAUAGCUUAAAUCUUCUCCGAUUCCUCUUUCCCCCCACGUCCUUCUUUCCCACCGUCAUCCUUAAUUGGGGUGGCAUCCGUCCGGUAAACGUCGCCGCCGCAUCCCAACCCCCCGUGGUCUGGCCCGCACCAGGAUCUGGUGGGUUGCGGUAUUCUUGCCAUGAGUUUGACCUCGCGCGUGUUUGGCCUGUUUUCUACGACAGAGACAACCGUUCCGGACUCUCCCCCGGCCGCUUCGUAUUCGAAUACCACCAGCACCGGCGACCAUGUCUUCCAUGCGACGGGCCCGAUAAGGGCAGGUUCCGGCCAUGUACAAACAACUCCGCUUGAGGACGAGGAAGAGCCUCGUCCGCCAUAUCUACGUGCUAUGCUUGCCGGAGCUACCGGUGGUACAUGCGGCGAUAUGCUCAUGCAUUCACUGGAUACGGUCAAGACGAGGCAGCAAGGCGAUCCCCACUUCCCUCCAAAAUAUACGUCGAUGACCUCAUCGUAUGCGACGAUUUAUCGACAGGAAGGUUUACUACGAGGUCUGUACGGUGGAGCUGUUCCUGCAUUUUUCGGCUCCUUUCCAGGCACUCUGAUCUUCUUUGGUGUGUAUGAGUUCACCAAGCGACGGAUGAUCGAUUCUGGCAUCAAUGCCAAUGUGGCAUACCUGUCCGGAGGUUUCUUUGCGGAUUUAGCCGCGUCCGUUGUCUAUGUCCCUUCAGAGGUCUUGAAGACACGACUGCAACUUCAGGGACGCUAUAACAACCCUCAUUUCAAUUCGGGAUACAACUACCGCUCUACCCGCGAUGCUCUCCGCACGAUCAUCCGCCAGGAAGGAUUUUCCGCGCUGUUCCAUGGAUACAGAGCUACCAUCUACCGUGAUCUUCCGUUCUCUGCCCUACAAUUCGCAUUCUACGAGCAGGAACAGCGACUGGCGAAAGAAUGGGUAGGAUCUCGAGACAUUGGACUUGGACUGGAGAUCCUGACUGCGGCAACCGCCGGCGGAAUGGCAGGUGUGAUAACGUGCCCCAUGGAUGUGGUGAAGACCCGCAUCCAGACGCAGCAGAACCCUGAUGUCCAGGGUCCCGCGUCUUCGUCGAAGCCCGCCGCGGAACAUGCGUCGAUCAAAGAGAGCCCCCGGCAGCAUACGUCGUCUCAAACUACGUCGAGUCUGCGGACACACUCGCGGCCGAUUUCCACUGGGGGUGCGUCGACGUCAGUGGCCCCACCGGGAGCGCCUCGUCUGGAUACCUCGUCUUUCUUGACGGGUCUCAAGAUGAUCUACCAGACGGAGGGGCUUGGUGGCUGGUUCCGUGGCGUUGUCCCUCGUGGAGUGUGGACCAGCAUCCAGAGUGGAACGAUGCUGGUCAUGUACCAAUACUUGUUGAAACAGCUGGAAUACUACGACAACCUGGGGGAGAUGAACCCCCUUUGAUCGAACGGGCUUCCUUUGUUGCAUAACAUGAAGGGGAUGGAGUGUUGCUACGGGGCAACACUUGUAGAUAAUGUUGAAUCAUCACCACAUGGGAAACGAUGUGGGUAGGGCGUUCUGGGACAGGGAUGUUGCAUGAUCUCUCACUUCUUCUUAUAUUAUCACCCGUUUGCUUGGAUCAGUCUGGGGCAUGGCAGCAUUUUUCCUUUGGGGUUUGUUCUUGCCGUUCGUUUCUGUUUUAGACACCCUGCUCCGGACUGGUAUGGCUUACAUAGAUUUUUUUUUUUUCUAUUUUUUUAUUUGGUUAUUUAGACAUGGUUAACCACGCCACGAUGUAUAUUAUUAUUAUAUAAAGAUAGAGCCCAAGAAUCUCACUGAUUGUGUGUGAA